UUUGACUGUUCGGUUUGUCUGGGGCUGGUUCAAGUGGAACCAAAAACCUCGCGAAGCACCUACCGUACGGUUCCAAUACCCCAACAUCAAAGAAAACUUGGAGCAAACCAACCAUCAAGUCUUUCACACCCAGCUACACGCCAACCUACAAUUAUGGUGCCUACAAUUAUGGUGCAAGCUGCGAUUACGGUGGUGGGACUGGUGGAACCGGAGACUGUGGGUGCGUCGAUUGAUUGAUGCGUCGACUUCGUUUUCGGCGUCUACGAUAGACCCAUCCUGCACCAAAUCGCCCAAGUGUUUGCUCACAAUUGAAAAUGGAUUCAUCAUUGAUUUUUUUAGAUUGCUUUCUAGUUUUGUUGGUGAAUCGUAUGUUACCUUGGCUGGAUAGUCCGCCCUUAGAUACUAGUCGCGUUGUAAGCAUUCAUCUUUCACCAAUUUUUACUAGCUAGCUAGUAGCCAUGGCUGGCUGAGGAGCAGCUUCUUCUGUCAUGGUUUGACUGUUCGGUUUGUCUGGGACUUACAGGAAGUGUGAUCGUCCUGCCUGUCCCUAUUCUGUCGGCAUCAAAGAUUCUUCCUCUCGCACGAAGUACAGACAUGGAAGGAGAAGGCGUGACAGAAAUCCAAACAGGAAAAACUCUCACAAAAUCAAUCUCGGAGCCAACAGAAGCUCCUCCUCUCCACACUGCAGCAGCAAGAUAACAGAAGCACAACAAUUCACAAUGGCGCUCAACGGCUACGUCUUUUGCAUCACUGGGGAGCUAUCCAUGCGUCGAGAAGAGUUCCUUUCCAUUCUCGAGAACGCGGGAGCCGAAACCAAGUCCAGCAUCAGCAGCAAGGUCACGCACCUCAUUUGCAGCGACACAAGCAAUCAAAAGUAUGCCAAAGCCAUAUCCUUGGGAAUUCCCAUUAUCAGCGAACUUGCUACGAUGGCGAUCCUCAGUAGCGGUGGUGCCCAGAAGAAGCGGAGCAGUGAACAAGCCAUGGGAUAUGCUGCUGAGGUGUCGAACAAGAAGAUGCCUCCCGCGGGAGUUGGAGUUUUGUUCGACAUGACGGCCGAUAGCAAUAACAACAAUUCUUCGGGCAACCUGGCCGAUGGUGAAACGGUCCAAGUUCCCAAUAGCAAGGGAAAUGGUUUCUACACCAUCAAGAAUGUAGGAGGUACUUACUCGUGCUCGUGUCCUGCUUGGAAGAACCAAAAGUCGCCCAUCAACGCCCGUACUUGCAAGCGCAUCAAGGCGUUCCGCGGAGAACAGGCGGAACAACAGCGUUUGGGCAGUGUUCCGGUUACUACCACGGCCAGCAAGUCCAAGGCCGGCAAGUCCAAGGCGGCUACCACGGCAGCACCCAAGAGUGGCGGUUUGGUGCAGCCAGGGAAGUGCAUGCUGGCUCAAACCUGGAGCGAUAAUCGCAAUGCGUCCGACUACAUCCUAUCCGAGAAGCUCGAUGGGGUUCGAGCCAUUUGGGAUGGAACGCAGUUGUUGACUCGAAGCGGGAUAGCCAUGGAUGCACCUGCCUAUUUCAUCCAAGGACUUCCCACCAACAUGUCGCUCGAUGGCGAACUCUUUGCUGGUCGAGGUGUCGAGAACUUCAACCUCGCCUCAGGGAUCAUUCGCAGUUCUAAUGGUGGAGACAAGUGGCGGGCACUCGCUUACGUAGUCUUCGAUGCACCCAGCGCCCCGGGAGGAUUCGAGCAACGCUUGGCUACUGCAAAUAAUGCUAUUCUUGGCCACCAGUUCGCCAAGAUCCAUCAACACGCAGUGUGCCGCGACGAGGAACACCUCCAGCAAGAACUUGCUCGUGUCAAGGAGAUGGGUGGAGAAGGAAUCAUGAUGCGCAAGAAAAACAGCGCUUACAAGUUCAGCCGUUCUGUGGACUUGCUCAAGGUCAAGUUCUUUGAAGAUGAUGAAGCUAUUGUCGUUGGAGUCGAAGGAGGGAAAGGUAAGUACGAGGGACAUAUCGGCAAGCUCGUCUGUCGUUUCCGCAACGGCACGGAGUUCUUGGCUGGCACAGGUCUCAAGGACGCAGACCGCGCUCAAAGCAGUGCCUAUUGGAUUGGCAAGGUGGUCACCGUCCAGUAUCAGGAUCUAUUCGAAAAGACAGGCAAACCUCGUUGCCCCAGCAUCAAAGGAAUUCGCACCGACCUUGACGUGUUGGACUUUUCCUCGGCGAUCAUGCAUGCCCUGCUGGACUGA